AUGUCGAAUUCAAUUCUAUCCGCUUCCGCGAAGGGAGCCACUUUUCUCAUCCUGCUGCAGGUUGCCUCGCGCACCCUUACAUUCGCUGUCAACCAGGUUCUGCUGCGAUUUCUCUCACCGGAGCUGCUCGGCGUUUCAGCCCAGCUCGAGCUCUUCUCCAUAUCGGUGCUGUAUUUUGCGCGAGAAAGCUUACGCGUGGCACUGCAGCGCCAGGCGCAUGGCACGCAGGCUGUAGUCAAUCUCUCGUAUCUCGCCGUGUUCCUGGGUACGCCGUUGGCGUAUGUGCUUGCGUUGCUGUGGUUCCGGUCCGAGACGCCCAAUGUGCCGUUCUUUGCAGAAGCACUGUUUGUCUAUGGCUUGGCUACCUUUCUCGAGUUGCUUAGCGAGCCUGCGUUUUCAGCAGUCCAGCAGAAGCUUCUUUAUAAAGUCCGAGCGUCGGCUGAGAGUUCUGCUACCCUGUUGCGAUGCAUCGGAACUUGCGGGUCUGCUAUCCUAGCUAACCGUGCUGGUCUCGAUAUCGGGGUUCUGCCGUUUGCUGUUGGGCAGUUGGCUUACGCGGUGGCGUUGCUCGUUGUAUAUUCGUACAAGACAUGGCCUGUUGCGAAGACGGACGGCUUUUCGCUUUUCCCAGAGAGAAUACUUUCAACUAAAGAGAAUCCCGUCUUGAUGACCUAUUUCUCUACUCCUCUACUUCGACUCACUGCAUCUCUUAGCCUUCAGUCAGCGCUCAAAUAUGUUCUUACUCAAGGCGAUUCUCUUUUGAUCACGACUCUUGCAUCGCUUGCAGACCAAGGCGCCUACGCACUCGCAUCAAACUAUGGAGGUCUCAUUGCACGCAUGCUCUUUCAACCCAUUGAAGAGAGCAGUCGCAACAUGUUUGCAAAGCUAUGUGCCAAUAUAAAAUCAACGGCACCCGACGGGGGAAAGAAGAAGCCUGAAGAAACAAACGAACAACAGCAGAACCUGGCUCAGGCUUCCAGAGUCCUUAGUACUAUCCUCCACCUCUACGGCAUCAUAUCUUUAUUCGCAGUCACACUAGGCCCGGUACUAGCUCCUACACUCCUUUCGAUUGUCGCGGGUCAGAAAUGGUCCGCAACGUCUGCAUCGAAGGUCCUUUCGACAUACUGCUACUACAUACCUUUUCUCGCCAUCAACGGAGUAACCGAAGCGUUUGUAGCCGCUGUUGCUACCAACAAAGAGUUGUACGCACAAUCAAUUGCCAUGGGUAUCUUUUUCGCCCUCUUCGCGGGGAGCGCAUGGUUCUUCAUCGGUCAGCUUGAAAUGGGCGGUAAUGGUGUGGUGCUGGCUAAUACGGUCAACAUGGCUCUGCGUAUUGUUUGGAAUACAUGGUUCAUUGGACGAUUCUUUUCGCAAAAUGGUUCUGGAUUUAGCAUAUUGGAGACGUUGCCUUCGCUUACUGCUGCGGCUCCUGCGGCCAUUGUACCAACCUUGAUGCGAACGAAACCUGGUAUAUAUUUUCUAGGACGAUUUGGGGUGCUGGGUGAGCUGGUGAGUAUGGGAGUGGUAGGCGGGAUUUAUGUGUUGCAUGUGCUGUUCUUUGAGCGUGGCUUUCUGGUGGAUUGCUAUCGCAUGUUGAGGCCUUCUCGAGCACCCGAUGCGGCUGAGAAGAAAUCGAAAUGA